UUUAGGAAAGAAGAUUAAAGAAUUUCAGUGAGUGUCGUCAUUUCAUGGGCGUUUCGUGGUGACGUCAAAUGGCCUGUGAGUGCUGACGAACACGUACAGCUUUAUUUAGAAAAAUCAACCUAGUCAGGUUAUCUACCAAUUUGAAACUAAGAAAGGAUCUAACUUCCUGUUGCCAUGAAUGUGUUCGACCGCAACAUCAACAUUGACGCCCUCCUUAAGUUCUCCCAAAUAUCUCACUCCACUCAGGUUCACCUGAAGAAUGUCUACUCCAGCCUGGCAGUUUGUAUGUUUGUGGCAGCGGCUGGAUCCUACGUCCAUGUUGUCACAAGGCUCCUUCAGGGUGGGCUGCUGUCUGUGCUGGUCUCACUGGGCUUGAUGAUCUGGUUGGCUAUGACUCCACACAACUUAGAGACUGAGAAGAAGAGACUGGCCAUCCUGGCUGGAUUCGCCUUCUUCACUGGUGUUGGCCUUGGCCCCACACUGGACUUUGUCAUCGCCGUCAACCCCAGCAUCAUUGUGACUGCUUUCAUGGGAACCUCCAUGAUUUUCAUUUGCUUCACUCUGAGUGCUCUCUACGCCAAACGAAGAAGCUACCUGUUCCUUGGAGGUACUCUGAUGUCUGCUCUGACCCUGUUGACAGUCAUGUCCCUGAUGAACAUGUUCUUUGGAUCUGUGAUGUUGUUCCAGGCUCGUAUGUACCUGGGACUCCUCAUCAUGUGUGGCUUCGUCCUGUUUGACACUCAGCUCAUCAUCGAGAAAGCAGAGAAUGGAGACAAAGACUACGUCUGGCACUGUGUGGAUCUGUUCCUGGACUUCAUCACCAUCUUCAGGAAACUGAUGAUCAUUCUUGCUAUGAACGACAAGGAAAAGAAGAAGGAUAAGAAGUAAGCAUUGUUUGGAAACCAAUUGUCAGAAAAGGCACAAAUUGCGACGCACUUGGUGCUUUUCACUGUCUGUCUUCAUUUUUUGAUUAACUCCUCUGUGGUCUUAUAAUACUGAAAUUACUUUGAUUUCUUCUUCAAACUUACACCAAUAUUGAAUGUAAGUUUGCUGGUAAACUAAUACUCAUCCCAUCCAUGGCUGUGAAUGGAGAAUAGACUUAAGCUGCAGUGAUCCUGCUUAGCCUCUAGAGGGAGGCAUAGCUCUAUGAAGGUUUAGGCUGAGCAGCACUUAAUGAAAACUUUUCUAUUGUUGUUAUUUAGUGCCAUAAUUUAAUGACUUGAUAGGUUCAUUUUGUAGUGGGUCGUGAGCUUUUGGAAGUGAUCGUGGUUGAAGCUAAAGAUGUGUAUUUUUUUUUUUUCCUGAUUUAAAUAUGUUUAUUUGUCACCUAGUAAUACCUGAUCAAUAGGUUAUUUUACUCCCAUGUUUAUUCAGUUGUGUGUGUGCAACAUUUAGGAUAAGAAAGUAACAUUUUGGUAAAGCUGACAAACAGAGAAAACCCACAAUAUGCAAACAUAGUCUCUGGAUUUUUGACAUUUGGAUUAAGUAGCAACAGCAGCAGUAGAAAAAGAAAAGAAAUCGUAUCAAGAGGAGACCAAACAGUUAUUUAACACAUUAAACUUCCCUUCACAAAGUCUCCAAUUAUUAUUUGUCCAGAAAUGAGUUUGCCAAUAGUAAUUUGGCAUUGAUGCAUUUUUGUUGAAAGUGUGUACUGUGAAAAAUUUAUUUUAUCGAUGUAAAAUUGAAACUAAUACUUUGAUACAUUUGCUCAAAUAAAUGUGUUGAACGUAA